AUAGACGCCGGAAUAAUCUCAUAGAACCUUCCGCUCGAUAUUUACACACAGGCCCCUAAAUACGAUCGCUUACUUAAAAAUUGUCUACAACGUAUGAUAUCCUAUGACAAUUGUUAAUAGCCAGAAUAUACUUUUUCAUUUUUCAUUUUCUUUUUUGCUCGUAACGAGUGAAUUUAAACAGCCGAGGAAUGUAUCAGAUAAUUUUGGGCCUGGGGUGGUGUGCAGAGGAAUGGCCUCCAAAUUCUGCUUCUUGCCCAGAUCGUUUCCAUUUCUUCCCGUUUGCAUUGAAUCUACUUAUGCAAAAUUAAGUUUAAAUAGAAGUAGAUUAAUAUUGAAGAAUCGUAGAAGGAAGGACGCUGGAUUACUCACAGUGGCGAGAAUUGUAGUAGGAGGAUCCGAAGCAGAAGAAGAAAAAGGGGCUCAAAAUAAUAAUGCGAGACAGUCAAACUUGGAACAAAUUCAAAGGGAUGGAGAACCUCCCACCUUUGUUUCGGCACCCGGUCGUCGGAUUGUAGCAGUUGGAGACUUGCAUGGUGAUCUUGUUAAAGCAAGGCAAGCUUUGAGGAUUGCUGGCGUGUUGAGUGCUGAUGGUCAUGAUUGCUGGACAGGCGGGAGUACAGUCCUGGUUCAACUAGGUGAUAUAUUGGAUCGAGGAGAAGAUGAAAUAGCUAUUAUGUCACUAAUAAGAUCAUUAACCAUGCAAGCUGAAAUCUAUGGUGGGGCUGUCUUUCAGGUUUCAUUUUCGGUGAAUGGAAAUCAUGAAACUAUGAAUGUAGAUGGAGAUUUUCGUUAUGUUGAUCAUGGUGCAUUUGAUGAGGCUGAAGACUUUAUGGAAUAUUGCAAUAUGCAUGGUGAUGAUUGGGAAGCUGCUUUUAUUGAAUGGAUUAAAGUAUGUGAGGAGUGGAAGGCUAGAAGAAAAGUGACUUCUAAUGGUUGGACUAAUUGGAAUUUGCUGAAAAUACCGAAAGGAAUUCAGGAAAGGAGCUUUCUUUUCAAACCUGGUGGUCGUCUGGCGUGUGAAUUGGCACGCCAUGGAGUAGUGCUAAAGGUGAAUGACUGGGUAUUCUGCCAUGGUGGUCUCCUCCCACAUCAUGUCAAAUAUGGGGUUCAGAAAAUGAACAAGGAAGUCGCUCACUGGAUGCGAGCGGAGAAUAAUAAUAAUAAAGGAAUACAAGAAAAAAUCCCAUUUAUAGCAACCCGGGGCUAUGAUAGUGUUGUCUGGAGUCGUUUAUAUUCACAAGAAACACUUGGCACGGACAGGAGAAAUUUUCAGAUUUGUGGAAUCUUAGCAGCAACUUUAGACUUAAUUAAUGCCAAAGGCAUGGUAGUCGGUCAUACUCCCCAAACAACUGGUGCAAACUGUAAAUGUAACAGCAGAAUAUGGCGCAUUGAUGUUGGGAUGUCAAGUGGAGUUCUAGGUGCAGUUCCAGAGGUGCUAGAAAUUAUAGAUGACCAAGUAAGAGUGAUAAGAGCUAGUACAGACAAAAUGCUCAGAGAAGAAACAGUGGACUACUAUAGUAUUUGAGCAUUCCAAAUUAGUUCACCAAGCUUCACAAUUAAGAUUCUUCACGUCAUAACUUUUUUAGCAAAAAGAAGUAUCAUAAGCAUGCCAUUGGAGUCCUGGAUAAUAUUUUGUACUUUUAGGUAGUUAUCAACAAGAGUACAUGCUUGUAUUGGAAUACAUAUCAUAAUAGGACAUCAUCUUGCUUCUUCAGUUGGGCAGUAUGCAUAAUGGAAUGAAUAACAGGGAAAAUACUCAAGGAUUUCGGCUAUGAUAUCAUAAAAAGAUACAUCUUGCCUUUUGUUUUUAGAAAUAUUUGUAAUGAAUAAGCAACAGGGAAAGUAUUCAGGAAUUUGGGCUGCAAUUUGAUGGAAAAAGAACUUCAUAUUCAUUGAUAAAGUAACUGCCAUGCCGUCACUUUCCUGGCUUAUACUAAAAGAAGAUAUAUGAACCCAAAGAAAGGAAAAUAGUUGGGAGACUGAAUGCAAAUGCCACUGGUCAGGUCUCAUUUCUAUUCUUUUAAAUUCGCUGAUGUUAACUUUCAUUGAAUUGAUAUAUUAAAAGUUGUGCUGAGGUGUUGUUGGAGUA